ACAGAAACAAUUGAGAAGUAUUUAUUAUUUGUUUCUGGUUUGUACUUAAAUAUACUGAGAAACUAUUGCAAUUUUGGCAGCGUAAGAGAUUAAAAGAAGCGAACAUCGUGGCGAAGAGAACGAGACGUAUUUCUAAAAUUAAUUCAAUCAAAUACAGCGAAAUCUGCUUUAAAAUCUGCUUAUUAAAAGGCGAAGAAACUGCAACUGCAAACUCAAAUGCCAUCAGCCAAACGCUGAAAUCCUUCAUCCCAGAAAUAUUCAUCACCGGUGCGAUAUCUUCACUCGCCUGGCCAAAAAUCGUAGAAGAGAAGAGAAACAAAGCUAAAGUGUUUCGAAAUAAAGUAGAAAGUUUCCACGUUGCAGAUCAGAGAACAGUUUCGAUUCGACUGCAACAUCUCAUCAGAGUGAGAGAAAGAGAGAGAGAGAAAGGAGCUGGAGAAGAGGAAGUGGAACAAAGGAACGAAUUAACGGCGGGCGAGAGAAGAAGAGGUAAUUAACCGGCAAAGAAAGGACUCCACCGAGCGGUUCUGCAUGAACCUGGAGGAUAUCUUCGGUCUGUGCAACAGGAAGAACGCGAUUUUCGUUAUCCUGUGUACAGCGGCGAUCUUCGUGCACCUGUACGGCAGGGAGGAGGCGAGUAUCGAGGUGCCGAUCCACCACGGCAACGUGGAGGAGCUACGGGAGAAUUGGUGCUUCGAGGACGAGGAACUGUCCACGUUUCGAUCGCACUGCAACGAUGUGGAGGUCAUACUGUCUGCUCUCGUUGACGCUUUGCACGUUUGAGCUUGCAGCUUAUGGGAGGCUGGCAGGUGCGGAGCUCGUCACGCGAGACGACGGCCAGGAUCACCGGAAGGAAACGCGAGGCCGACCAGAAGCCUGGGACGAAAACACGGCCGAGCUGGUGGGUAAAUGGCGAAACAACGGCGAGGCCUUGGAACCAAAAUGGCGAGACGGCGACACGAUCCCUCUACUUCCGUUCUCCCAAUUUUCCCGGUUCUCCAGGGGCAAGAUCGACAACAGCGAGGAGGAGGACGACUACGAUCGUCGUACACCGAAAUAUCGUCAGAGCAACAGGCGUGAAAAUUUCCUUCGCACGAGGAACAACCAUCGAUCGCCAUACAACGAUUACGACCACGGGCCGACAGAGAUCAAACGGGAAUACCACGAACGAGACGAGAUCUCGCCGCGAAAGAGAAAUCGACCGUGGAAUAGUGAAAACGCGGCUACGCUUGAAGAAACGAGGAACGACGAACGAAACAGGGACAUUGAAGAAGAUAAGGAAACGUCAGCGAGGCACAGAGAGAUAUUUCAAGCACGACCGAACGACUACGAGCAUGAACUCAACGACGAGGAGUAUUUAAAGCCACGACCAAGGAAACGUAGACCACCGCAAAAUUAUGAAUUCACUCUGGUAGAAAGUGAAACGUCGUUGAACGAAGGAAGAACAAAUAACAAUUCUGGGCCCUGGCCGAGAGAAAAUCUUCCAGAAACUACAACUAAAAACGCACCGUUCCUACAGAACGCCGUCGAGUUGAAGUCUCUGUUGAAGAUGCAACAGGAGGAAGGUUCGAGCUUGUCCGAGAUCCUGCAGCGGAGGAAUCUCACGCUGAACGAUCUCUUGAAGGGUAAAGCCGACGUGAUCAACGCCCUGAAGAUGAAAGACGUUGAGGAGAGCCAGGAUUACGAAGAGACUGCGAGAAUAAUGACCAAUUCGUUCACGAAACUCAUCACCACCGAGAGACCGCAACGGACGUUCACCAUGUCGCAGAAAUCUGCAAAGGCGAAGAGUUCCGAGAGAAACGAAGAGGAAUUGAUAAUCCCGAUCGUUCCAGCGAGUACAAACUUGCAAAACAGCCAGACGAGCGCGAGAGAACCCUUGAAUAAAGUAAAUGGCGGUGAAGUAGUAAACGUAACGACUGGAAAAUCGAUUCCAGCUAACGUCGAUGCUACUCGAGUUGCGAUGACGACACCGAUGCCGUUACCGGUCGCAACGAAUUCCAUGGAGCUCAUGCAAGCGGACGAUGCCGGCGCGAAAUCGCCGGGCGGUGGUGAAAUCCGAGCCGAGAGUUUCGACGAGGACGAGAUCAUGGAAUUCUCGGAUUUCACCGAUUACAAGAAGGGACGGAACGGCGUGUCGCCUGUGUGGCUGAUGAUGAAAGAUGUAGAGGCUGGCGAGACACCGAAGCUAGCGAGUUCCAAGGGCCACUUCGAGGACAGAGGGUCCACGUUGAGCAUCGAGAAGAUACUGCGUCCCACGGAGCGUUCGAAACUGACGUACAAUUUGCCUGCGAGUCCUGGAAACCAAGGACAAGGUUUUAACGACUCGAACAGCAUCAACAGAAGUAGAAUGUUCAAAGAGGAAGAGCAACGCGUAACCGUAAACUAUUCUGAGGAAGAUUAUGGCAGUUCUUCUGAGAAAGAAUACCAGAGUGAUACACCGGAUACAGUGAUGUAUUACGAUCUGGAACAGAGUACUCAAAUCGGUAACUUCACUGAUAUGGGUAAAAGUGAGAGUGAUAUGAGUAAAACCAUAAUGAAAGAGUUAGAAUCUGCGUUGGAUGCAAUGUCUCGUGACGUCAAUUCCACGUUGGAGAAUCGUCACGCCCUUUCGAUUAGUCCACUUGUGGAAAAGAAUGAUAGUGAUAAUCUGAAAAAUCAUCAGAAUAGAAAUACAACUGGGAAGAAGAGUUAUGACGAUAUUAUAUCAGAGGUGGAGCCGGAAGCUCGGGCCGAGAUCUUUGAAUUGUUUGCCUCUGGAUCGGCAGGAAAGAGGUUGGAACGUCUUCUUAAAUCGAGAAAUAUGAGUCUGGAGGAACUGAUUGCGCUGAGGCAGAGGGGAUCUAGUAAAGUUCAUCUAGCCGAGGUGUCACGGAUCAGAGCUCACAAGUCAAAUGACAAAUAUGCGGUAAAAGAUACAGAUGAUUUGAAAGCAACGGGUUCCUCGUCGUCCAAAGAAGGAAAAGCAAUAGUGAAUCACGAAAACUACAACAAGGGAGUUGACAAUUAUUUGUCACAGUCGACUGAAAAUUUGAAAACCAUUGAUUCAUUGUCAAAUUCAAUGGAUCUCGUUCGUCUUGAGGAUGGUACGACUGAACAAUUGGUACCUAAAUUAGAAUCGAAGGUCAGCAAUGAAGAUAUAGAGUUUAACACCUCUCCGAAGAUGGACAUUGAGAAAGAUGAGAGGGAGAGACAUCGUACGGUGGAGAUUGUUGAUCUGUUAACAACGUUCGAUUCUUUUCCAUUUAUAAAGGAUAUUCAGCGAGAGUUCACCGAUCAGUAUGAUAAAGAAGAGAAAAGGAAAUUGCUGGUGCAAGACAGCAAUGUUGGCGUGAUAUUUAUGAACAACGACGCGGAAAUGAUACGCGCGAAUGACACUUCAAACGUCGUAGAGUCCGGUUUCGUCAAGGAGAUCGUGAAGCAGGAACCGAGUUCCAUCGACAUUCAGGCCGUGUACGGCAAUACCGGUAAUAUUCUCGACGAAGAUGAUAGCAGGAGCAAGAAAGGAAAGUCUCUUUCAAAAGUGAAACCAAGCAUAAUAGCGAGUGGCGCAAUUCUUGGCGUAACUCUUGUAGUCUUCCUGGCGAUAUUCAUCGUGUGCAGAAUCCGACAAAAGCAGAAAUAUAGGUACAAAAACACGUUUUCCAGAGCGGUGUUUCAAGGUCCAGUGAUGACGGCUAGGAAACUAUCGAACUCAAGCAGCCUAAGCACAGUGAUGGUCAACGUGGUGGCCACAUCAACGACGAAAAGGCCAGAGAAAAACGAGAAUCAAGAACCUACAGAGAUGGAUUCUAAGAGUGAUAUCGAUAACGACUCGUUAGAUGCUAAUGACAGCUGGGAAACCAUACCUGAUUAUAUGAAAUAAACUUAUUUAAUUGUA